AUGUUGCAGUCCCUGCUAGGACCUGUACGGACGAUGAUUGGAGUGUUGGAACCAGACAACGCAGCUGGCAGAAGAUUAGAAUUGAAUACGCUGUCUCAUUGGCAGAGGAGCGAAAUGAUUAUCUUGCCUACCAGAGGAGAUUCCGCUACCUUGUUGCACGCCAUAAGGAAUUGGCCACCAAAAGUGAUGAUUUUUAUCAUAAUCUCUUCCUCAACGGCCUACGAGACCACCGGAGAGCCAUCGCCAAAAUCCGAUCGUAAACAUGGAUACUUGGAUAUCGACAAUCUUAUGAAACAAUUGACCGAUCGUACGAGCAAGACGAAGGAGACCGAAGGUACGAAGACACAUAGGGUGAAUGCUGCCGCGAAUGACGGCAAUCCUCAGCCCAGUGCGUCCACUUCCACGUCAACAUUCACGAAGUGCGAAAUCUGCGAGCACGCAGGUCAUACAAAGAAGACGUGUUGGCAUCUGCACCCAGAACUGGCAACCGAAUGA